AUGAAGAUCACACAGUUCACAAACAAGACCUUCCGCCCACCACCUGGAUCCUUCAACCCUCAUCUACGAACCUCAGUACCGUUUUGUCUUCGCCAUCAGCCUGAAUCUCUGCAAGUGGAAGUCCUCCUCGGUCUAACAGGACGCGACUUCACCAUCAUUGCCGCCAGUAAAGCGGCGAUGAGAGGCGCCACGAUCCUCAAAGCAAGCGACGACAAAACUCGAGCCCUGAACAAGAACACGUUGAUGGCGUUCUCGGGCGAGGCUGGCGACACGAUCCAGUUUGCCGAAUACAUCCAAGCCAACAUCGCCUUAUAUACGAUGCGGAAUGAGACGGACCUGGGACCUGCAGCGGUGGCGAGCUUUGUGCGCGGAGAACUUGCUCGCAGUCUGAGAAGCCGGACACCCUACAAUGUCAACUUGCUCCUUGGCGGUGUUGAUCCCAUCACCAAACAGCCCAGCCUGUAUUGGCUCGAUUACCUGGCGAGCAGCGCAAAGGUCCCUUAUGCCGCACACGGCUAUGCCCAAUACUACUGCUUGUCAAUUCUUGAUAAACACCAUCAUCCCGAUAUCUCCUUCGACCAAGGUCUCAAGAUCCUCCGCAUGUGCACAGAUGAAUUGCAACGACGACUGCCGAUCGACUUUAAGGGCAUGACUGUCAAGGUCAUCAAGAAAGAUGGUAUUGUGGAUCUGGAAUAUGACACAAGCAAGCAAGUGUUGUCUGCAUAG